ACCGCCAUGCGUCGCGCUCAGCUGACAAACAAGACAGACAAGCAAGCGACCGGUUUAAUGCCCUUGUUACUAAUCCUUAGCGAAGAAACACCUACCAGUGCAAUGUAUCAGAAAUCUGUUAAUAUUGGACUUCUGUGAAUUUAAGACUGCACAUCACGGAAAGAUAAACUCGGUGUUACUGAAACAAGAUGCUCAAAAACUGGGGUGUCAUUGGUGGUGUUGCAGCAGCCAUUGCAGCUGGUGUCUACGUUUUGUGGGGCCCAAUCACAGAGCGAAAAAAGAGAAAGAGAGGCAUGGUUCCUGGUCUGUUGAACUUGGGCAACACUUGCUUCCUGAACUCUUUGCUUCAAGGUCUGGCAGCAUGCCCGUCGUUCAUCCGGUGGCUGGAAAGGUUUUCCAACUCACCCGCCAUCCAGUCGCACAAAGAAAACAAAUUGUCCACAACACUUCUCCAGCUUCUCAAAGCUCUGUCUAAUAAUGAGCCUGGAGAUGAAGAUGUGCUGGAUGCAGGAUCCUUGCUGGAUGUUCUCAGACUGUACCGGUGGCACAUCAGUUCAUUUGAAGAGCAGGAUGCCCAUGAACUCUUUCAUGUUCUAACAUCAUCUCUCGAAGAGGAGAGGGACCACCAGCCGAAAGUAACUCCAUUGUUUGAUAUGCAGUCUCUUGAGAGUCUUCCCAAUCAAGAUGAGAGAACAAAGACUUGCAGAAGUCGAGCCCCUCUGCACCCAAUUCCAAACCCUUGGAAGUUCCAGCAUCCUUUCCAUGGCCGUUUAACGAGUAACAUGUUGUGCAAGCGCUGUGAGCAUCAGAGUCCGGUGCGAUAUGAUUCCUUUGAAAGCCUUUCAUUAUCAAUCCCUUUGCCUCAGUGGGGUCGACCGGUCUCUCUGGAUCAGUGUCUACAGCAUUUCAUCUCCUCCGAGACUAUCAAGGAAGUGGAGUGUGAAAAUUGCACCCAGCUUCAAUGUGGGACCAGAAUUAAUGGACAGCUUCUGGAAAGUCAGCGGACAACGUUUGUAAAGCAGCUUAAAUUGGGAAAGCUGCCCCAGUGCCUUUGCAUCCAUCUGCAAAGACUCACAUGGUCCAGCGAAGGAACCCCAAUUAAACGACAAGAGCACGUUCAGUUCACGGAGUAUCUAUGUAUGGACCGCUACAAACACAAUGCCUCCAUACAGACGAGUUUGCGCGCUAAAUGUGCAAGGAAGCACCAAAAGGGAGGAAAUUCCAGCAAGAAUGCGGAAAGGCCUACUGCGAAUGGCACAGACGCAGAGCAUCAUAACAACAACAAACCCUUUGCAAAUGGAAACUGUUCAUCUGUCUGUUUACAUUCUACUUGCGGGACCACUCAGCUCGGCCUUACAUAUGACUACCGAUCCAACGAGUACCUUUUCCAACUCACGGCUGUGCUGGUUCACCAUGGUGACAUGCACUCAGGGCAUUUUGUAACAUACCGACGCAGCCCUUCCCCGCCUUGCAGUUCCUCGCCGUAUACCUCUCAGUGGCUCUGGGUGUCCGACGACUCGGUUCGCAAAGCCAGCCUGCACGAGGCGCUCUCCUCCAACGCCUAUAUGCUCUUCUACGAGAGAGUCCAGAAGCAGAGCGCCCCGUCGCAUUCGCAGGACACGGUUGAUGGAGUUGACAAGAGCAUCAUUUGACUGUAGGGUAUUUUGUGUGUGUGUGCGCGGAUCACGCAACAACUUGCCGUCAUGGGAUGUUGCUGCUUUAUCCAAAGUGGGAGAUUCCAGUUCCAAAGACUGUGGACAUGACUUCAAGUAUUUGGUUUGUAAAGGAAACUAACUGGGAAAUGUGAUAGUACAGUACAUUCCUGGUUCGAAUUUGAAUACGUUCAUGUAUGACAAAUUUACUCUUGAUGUUUUAAGAACUCAAUUUGAAUGAAGGUUGGAACUCGAUCAGAAUUUGAUGAUUCUGACUCCAUGACUCUAAUGGAAAUCAUUCCCGGUGAUUUUGCAAUGUAUGUAGACAUCUUGUGUAAAUUAUGCGUAGUUAUUUGGAUCUGUUUGUUAUUGUCGUAAAUAAUGACUAUUUUCAUACUAUAGCUGCGCAUUUGAAGUUAAAGUGCCAUGUUGUGUGAAAUUUUUAAUAUGAAGCCAUAUGUGUGUGUGACAAUUGUUUUACUCUGUAAAUAUUUGAAGGAUUAUUUGGUGGCCAAAUUCAACUUUGUCACAAGAGGAGCUGUAACAGAUAAGUCCAAAUAGUGGCUUCUCUUCAAGUUAUCCUCAAUAUUUUUUUAACCCUAUUACUUGUAACUGCCACUUUCCUUCCAAACCAGUUGAGAAGCAAGGAUGUGGAGCAGAUGCCUAUUGUUAAUAUUUACAAUUUGCACUUUAGUACAAUAUAUUUGUGUGAAAUGUUUGUGUGCAAUCUCUAAAACUGUUUUCUGAUAUUAAAAAAAAAAAAGAAUAAAGUAAAUGUUGUAGUUUUAUGUGCAA